AUGGACCGCAACAAUUAUCUUAGUUGGCGAUCUCAAUUUCAGGAUAUUCUUGAAAUUCAUGGCAUGGAAGAUGUCAUGACUAUCAAUUCUAAACCACCGAAGAAGCUCGAUGAUGGCUCUGUCAAUCCCCAUUAUUCUAGGGACAAACUCAUUCUCAGUUGGAUCAAGGCUACCUACAUAUCCUCUAUACGAACUAUUCUAAUCCCUUGCACCUAUGCUUAUAAUUCUUGGACUUUCUUGGAAAAACGUCUGUCACCUCUCUCCAAGACUCACAUCCUCACUCUUCGUGACCAACUUCGCACUCUUAAGAAAGAUUCGGAGAAGCCCAUGUCUGACUAUCUAAUGCAUGGCAAAAGCCUUGCAGAUUCUCUUAAUACUGCUGGUUCCAGUAUCAGUGAAGAUGACCUCAUUGAAUGCCUUUUAGAUGGCCUUGGUCCUGAAUACAAGGAGUUUACCACCGCUGUUCAUCUUCGCCCUUCUCUCUUAUAUGAUGAUUUUUACGACCUGCUCAUUGAGGAAGAAAAUCUCAUAAAAAAGAUGUCAUAUUUUUCCUUGUCCAACGGUGUUGCCUUCACCGCUCAUCAUCGCUCUAAUGGCCCGUCCAAAUCCAUCUCCAAUGGAAAUCGGUUCUCCUUCUCCAAUCGUUCUUUUAACCACGGACAAGGUUGUGAUUGCAUCGUCCUGGUGGUGGUUGGCGUUCUUCUAAUUCCCACCGCUAGACCAAUUUGA